AUGUCUGGUCAGGAUUCGCAUCUGUUUCCGAACAAGGCCAGUUCGAGUUCGGUUGCUGCGCGCCCUUCUAAACUCGCUUUAUUUGGACGACGCACCAGCGACAAGCACUCGCCAUCCUCCCACCCGCCAAAGUGUCCGACGUUCACUGCUUCCCCAUUGGGCCGUGCACGUCCAUCAACCGUUGUCAAACCCUUUUUUGCUGCCCAUCAUCAGCUCGUGUCCGGUGAUGAGGCCCAGAGAAGGCGCUAUCCCGCCAGCCAGCCCACUACUCCCGUUCGUGGAAACCAGCCCGAGAACAGCCAGGAGUAUCACCAGCUUCAUCGGAGUGCACACUUCAUUCGACCUGAUCGAAUCCCAAACACUGCUAUUCCAAAUCGAAGAGAGACGACUGGUGCGCUUCCUCAAUCUGUAUCCUUCCCAAAUUCAUGUCAUGUUCUUCCACCGGCGGGCAAUCAACCAGCAAAGACUCCAAAGUCCAAACCACAUCGCAUGGAGAAUAUGUCAGUGGAGCAUCUCCAGUAUUUAGAGAGCCGCCUUCAACAGUUGCUGGACGCCAUGCCCUCCAGACCCCCUCUAGCCGCAAGAGCGAAAAGUGAUUCUGGACGACAAUCACACCAGCCCUGGAUCGCAUCUCCGGGUCGUCGUUUGCUCGCAGCGUCACCCACGUCGGCCGCUUCCGCCGUCCAUUACCCCCUGGUGGCCUCUGCCGCGCCCUUCCAGCUUCAACCCCUGCCCCCACCCCUCCUCCUCUACCCACCGCCUCCUCCGCGCUACCCCUACUCACACUAUGUUGAAGGUGCGCCCGGUGGUGGUGGCGGCGGCGAAGCUGAUCCCUACUCCCUCUCCUCGGCGUCCUCCUGCUAUGGCGGCAGCUGUGGACUCUCAUCGUCAUUGCAGGACUUCGACAGGGACGAGGUACGUUGUCUCCAUCCACACCGAUCACCACGAUUGUCCAGCCAAAGCACUGGUGUUUUUCCUCUGAUUCCUGCUUUUGAUGAUGAGGCCCGACGCUUCGAUGUCGAUUUUUCUCUCUACCGCUUCGACGCCACAGAGCUUCAAGCACUCCAAGUUCGCAUCUUCGAUGGAGGGACUCUAAGAGGCGUCCGUCUACACGCCCUCGCGUGCGCGCAUGCCCCAACAUCCGCCCCCACCCCCUCCCAUUUCCGUGGACGCGCGCACGCGUGCGCAUGGCCUGAUGGUCGGUGGGGCGUUUCGCAGCAUUCCCGUCGCGCAUAUCGGCAAAUGGAGAGCAUAGACGCCAAUUCGGUUUCCCCUCCAGACUUCUGCGUUGAAGGAGGUCGGACACUCGAAGCGAGCAGUGCCAUGACACCUCUGUCUCCACGGAGACCUCUUCCAGACUCGCAGCAACCUCCUCCUCCCCGGAAUGAGGAGCUGUCUCCACUCUCGCUCUACUGUUUGCUGCUCGCGGUCCGCAAUAUGCUAUCAAUGCACCAGCAGAACCAGCAGUCUUCCUCUUCUCCAUCGAAGUCUUCAGCCGUGGACGCCUUGUCGGUGCUUCAACAUCGGCCGUUCAGUUGGUACCUUCAAAAGAAUGCCACCGCGCCCUCCUCCCCGUCCUCCGCCUCCUCCACCAUGAAUCUCUUUCUAGACGACGAGAAUGCCGAUGCGGAAGGGAACGGGAGAUACGAGCACAAGGAGGAGGUUGCAUCGAAGGCAGGAAGCUCCGACGGGCGUCCUCGGCCGCCUCUCUUGCCCGCAGGCUUCCGCAACUUCUCACGCUACCUCGACACCAAGUUCGGCCCCGAUGGCGACGAUCUUCGUGGUCACCACAGACGACGCCGACGCGAAACAACCACCGACACAUCGGUGGCGGCGGCGGCGCCGAGUCGGGGCAAGAGCGUCACCGAUGUGCGUCCCAAAAUCUCCAUCACGACCUGUUCGGGUGACACGGGUCCCUACUCUGACCUCUCACUCACUCCCGAAGCCUCCGGUCGAAUUGUGCCAAGCGGUAAAGCCCAGCAUCGCGCUCCCAGCGAAGUUCGUGUCGUCGGUGACAGACAGGACUCCGGAGUCCCCUGCGAGAUCGAAACCACCUGGAGCGCGCCGUACUGGUCUCCCCCGCUGCCCAUCAACUCCUGCCACCAGCCCGCCCCGCCGCCCCCACCGCAGGCGAGGUAUUGCCCUGCGCCGCCGCCACCUCCGCCACCACCACCACCGAACGCCACCGCGGCCUGCUGGCUCAGAGCUGCGGCCAAUCACUUCGCGACCGCGGCGGCCAUCUUCGCCGCCGACAACGCCGCUGCCGCGGUCAUGGCUCAGCACCAGCUGCCGCCCAUACCGCCUUCGGCCGGUGCCGUGGCUCCUUUCGCAGAGGGCGUCCGUGGACGCCAUGCGCGACGACGUGCUCCUCCUUCACCUUCGACGGUGUACUCCCAAGAAGGCCGCAUGCGAAUGUUUGUGCCCAAUCCGACCCCCAACCCGCCCCCCUCGCAGUUUGCCGCUGAUGUUGACAGCGACGAGUUCUUCGUUGUCUCGGACGACGAGCAACAGACCUCGGAUGAGUCCCUGCACCUUCCCGUGUGGGGAGGAGCAGGUCGGAAGAAGGCGCCCGACGGUGGACCCGCAGUUGCCCAGGCUGGCGACGAUGAGAAUUGCGGACUUGACAUGCUCCCGCAGGACCCUGCCCUCAUCCUGCCCGACCAAGUCGACUUCUACGCCCAGAUCAAGGACCUGCUGGAGUUGGACAACAAUAUCUCGCUCCCGCUGCCGGCGGGUUGGGCGGUGGGGGUCUCGUCGUCUGGCCGACGGUUCUACGUGUCGUGCGCCGGCGACGGCGACGGUGGAAGCGGCGUGUCGCGCGUCGGAACCCGACGCACCACCACCUGGCAGCAUCCCGUCAUCGCGCCACGCAUUCCCCUGGGGUGGGAGCGUGUUGAGAUGCGGCGUGGCAACUGCAUCUACUACCGACAGUACGUGACCCCCUCCCACCACCCCACUCUCUACUUCGUUCCCUUCCCACCUUCAUGCGACGAAAGUGGUGUGUUUCCUCUUUUUAGUCUUCUGAUCCCGCACACCCAGCGCCACCACCCCGACCUCUGGUUUCCAACGCAUCCGAAAAAUGUCGAAUUCGAGCACCAGAGUUGGUUCUUCGACCUGCGCAAACUCCAGGAAUCCGUUUCCAAUUUCGACAAAGGAAACUCACAGUUAAUCGAGUCCUACGUCGACACAACAGACUGCAAUGACGAGGCUCGUUUUUCAGCCCUCUUAAAGAGGUACGGAUUGGGUGAGCUGGAGAACCUGCUGAAGCAUUUGGACUGCCGAUUCUUCCGUGACCUUCACCGCAUGGUGGUGGCCUUCGAGUUGGCGCGCAUCCGAAUCGUCCGCGAGCUGUUUGUCCAGCACGUGAAUGGAACUCGGAUGUCUGCGACUACCGACGCCAACUGA